AUGAAAGUUUUAAAAUUAAAUGUUUUGAGAAAGACUAAAAUCUAGCUUCAAAGUUACUCAAUUGUUUUCUUAUUCAAAUACGUUAUGAUAUGUUUAGUGAUUUACAGAGAAGCAAUGAAGAUAGUUAAAAUUUCAAAGAGAUAUUGUCAUAAAGUUCAAGAGAUACAAUUGACUUAGAUAUUUUAGUUCUUACAUUUGAAUAAUGGCCAAUCACUGACUUUUGACCAUUUAUCAUUCAUACAGAAUUAUUAAACUGGCAAUAACAAUUUACUUAAUAUUAUUAAUGCAAGAAUUCAAAGAGAAAAUUGA